CCCCAAUCACUCUGGGUCUAAGCUGACUGAGAUGAGCCAUCGAGAAGCCAGGGUCCUCCCAGCUGGGCACUGCUCCCCAUCUCUGGGAAUGUGGGCCUCAGAGGCUGGCUGCACGAGUCUUUCUGUGCCACCCUCUAUCAGGUAGCUAGCGUCACCAAGGAUCCCUGAGCUGAAGGAUCUGUGUGCGACUCAGUGCUUAAUGGGAGGUCGUCAUACAAAGAGCCAGACGACAGCAGCAGGGCAAAGCUUGUGGAGCCUCUGGGCAGAUGCUGCAUGAGCCUCACCCUUGCUGGCUGCCUUUCUACCCGAAGCAGCGUCCACUCAGGUGUUGGGUGUGCAUGGGGUUUGGCUACAGCCCUCUAAUGCCCCCGGCCCCCACCCUGUACAGCAGGAAUGCCGCCAUGGUGAACGAGGCCAGAGGAAGUGGCAGCCCCAGCCCCCAAUCCGAGGGCAGCAGCGGCAGUGAGAGCUCCAAGGACAGCUCAAGAUGUUCCACCCCCACCCUGGACCCGGAGCGGCGCGAGAGACUCCGGGAGAAGAUGAGGCGCAGGAUGGACUCUGGUGACAAGUGGUUCUCUCUGGAGUUCUUCCCUCCUCGGACUGCUGAAGGAGCUGUUAACCUCAUCGCGAGGUUUGACCGGAUGGCAGCAGGGGGCCCCCUCUUCGUGGAUGUUACCUGGCACCCAGCUGGAGACCCUGGCUCCGACAAGGAGACCUCGUCCAUGAUGAUUGCCAGCACAGCGGUGAACUACUGUGGCUUGGAAACCAUCCUGCACAUGACCUGCUGCCAGCAGCGCCAGGAGGAGAUUACAGGCCAUCUGCACAGAGCCAAGCAGCUUGGCCUGAAGAACAUAAUGGCACUGAGGGGAGACCCUGUAGGUGACCACUGGGAAGCGGCGGAAGGAGGCUUCAACUUUGCCACAGACCUGGUGAAACACAUCCGGAGCGAGUUUGGCGACUACUUUGACAUCUGUGUGGCAGGAUACCCCAGAGGCCACCCCGAGGCAGUGUGCUUUGAGGAGGACCUGAAGCACUUGAAGGAGAAGGUAUCUGCAGGCGCUGACUUCAUCAUCACCCAGCUCUUCUUUGAGGCCAGUGCCUUCCUCAGUUUCGUGAAGGCCUGCACGGAGAUAGGCAUCUCCUGCCCUAUCCUGCCUGGGAUCUUCCCUAUCCAGGGCUACACCUCCCUUCGGCAGCUUGUGAAACUGUCUAAGCUGGAGGUACCACAGAAGAUCAAGGAUGUAAUUGAGCCAAUUAAAGACAACGAUGCUGCCAUCCGCAACUAUGGCAUCGAGCUGGCUGUGAGCUUGUGCCGGGAGCUGCUGGACAGUGGCCUGGUGCCAGGCCUCCACUUCUACACCCUCAACCGUGAGGUGGCCACCAUGGAGGUGCUGAAGCAACUGGGCAUGUGGACUGAGGACCCCAGGCGUCCCCUGCCCUGGGCUGUCAGUGCGCACCCCAAGCGCCGAGAGGAAGAUGUGCGUCCCAUCUUCUGGGCUUCCAGACCAAAAAGCUAUAUCUACCGCACACAGGGCUGGGAUGAGUUUCCCAAUGGCCGCUGGGGUAAUUCCUCCUCACCGGCCUUUGGGGAGCUGAAGGACUACUACCUCUUCUACCUGAAAAGCAAGUCCCCCAGAGAGGAGCUGCUGAAGAUGUGGGGCGAGGAGCUCACCAGCGAAGAGAGUGUCUUUGAAGUCUUUGAGCAUUACCUCUCGGGAGAGCCAAACCGGCAUGGCUACAGAGUAACAUGCCUGCCCUGGAACGAUGAUCCCCUGGCAGCGGAGACCAGCCUGAUGAAGGAGGAGCUGCUGCGCGUGAACAGGCUGGGCAUCCUCACCGUCAACUCACAGCCCAACAUCAAUGGGAAGCCGUCCUCAGACCCUGUGGUGGGCUGGGGCCCCAGCGGGGGGUAUGUCUUCCAGAAGGCCUACCUAGAGUUCUUCACCUCCCGGGAGACAGUGAAAGCACUUCUGCAAGUGCUGAAGAAGUACGAGCUCCGAGUUAACUACCACAUUGUGGAUGUGAAGGGAGAGAACAUCACUAAUGCCCCUGAGCUGCAGCCCAACGCUGUCACGUGGGGCAUCUUCCCUGGUCGAGAGAUCAUCCAGCCUACUGUGGUGGAUCCCAUAAGCUUCAUGUUCUGGAAGGAUGAGGCCUUUGCCCUGUGGAUCGAGCAGUGGGGUAAGCUGUAUGAGGAGGAAUCCCCAUCCCGCAUGGUCAUCCAGUACAUCCAUGACAACUACUUCCUGGUCAAUCUGGUGGACAACGAGUUCCCGCUAGACAACUGCCUGUGGCAGGUGGUGGAAGAGACAUUUGGGCUGCUCAACAGGGACACAGAGGCACAGGCCCCAUAAGCUGGCAUCUUCCUCUCCUGGAGCCCCUCUCACCCAUCUCUCCACGUGAUAAUGGCAGCUAGACUGGCAGGAAGCAUCCAGACUCUGGCUGGCUCUGAGAUGCCCCAUUUAGAAGGCUGGUACUGUCUGCUAAGCCAAGAGCCCGUGUUCUUGUGGCAAGCACCUCCAUCCUCCAGGGGAGGAGCCUGGGGAUUGCAGCCGAGCCAUUGCACCAGGGCAGCCUCUGGGAGCCAGCUCGGGAACCUGGUGAACUGGUACCUGGGGUCUGUGUGAGGCAGGCCACAGGUACUUGUGGUACUAACGUGGGUAGGAAGAGAUGUGGCAAAAGAGGGCACAGAAACCUCCUCCCUACUUAGCUGGCUAUGCACCAGGUCCCUGGGACCCAACAAUAAGCCUUUCUUGCCACUGAGGCCUGAGAGCAGAGCUGCUUUCUCUCCCUUCUGCUUCAGAGGGGUGUGUGUAUACUGUGGCUCGGAAGAAUGUGCUCCUUGAGGGUGAAAGGCAGCCCCAGUGGAGGCUUGCUCUUGGCCUUAUUAUACACCUGUCCUUUAACUGUCACAGAGCAAGACGAGAUUCACCUGAGCAGGCCCAGCUCUGUCCUUAGUUCCUUAUGACUGGCUGUCUUCUUGGUUCAGCCUAGGAGCUGCCCUUGGCGCUCCUCCCCCAUCAGCCCUCAGGUCUGGCUGCCUGGGGCAGUGACUGGCAGGUACAGAUGGCUGCUCCUGAGGUCUGGCUCCCAGCCUGCUGCUCUGAGGGAUAGGGAGGAAGUCACCCAGAGAACAAUUUAGGUAGAUACAGGGAUUCCUGUCCCCUUGCCUCCCAGGCCCAGGUGACCGCAGUGGAAAGCAGCCUUGGAGAGACUGAGCAGGAACAGCCAGGAUGAGGUGGUCCUUUUAUUGUCCCCCAGAGCUGACUCCUCCAGCCGUGGGCCUGUUCCUUCCCUCAGGAGGCUGGGCUUGUAUGUAUUGAUUCCUCAGGAACGUUUCAUAGCUGCUGCUGGGUCCUGCUCACCCCACGCCUGCUACAUUUGGGCCACUGUUGGCUGUUUCCAGGGGCACAGGCUACUGCUAGUUCCUCUCGUGGGUUCCUGGAUACCAGGCGCUGGUGCCACUUUUCAAAGGCCUGGAGGCAAGGGAGCAGGAAGAGGAAAUGCCAUUUGUCUCAGGCUCCCUCCAGGGCCUAUAGUGGGCCUGUCAGACUGACACGUGAACCAUGCUCUGCGUGUCUCCACCAGAGGCCCUUUCCUCUGUCCUGGCAGCCAACCACGCUGUCUCUGUCCAAAUAUCCAGGCUCAGAAUAGACUGGACUUGUAACCUUGGAAGCUAUUCCCAGUGACCUGCAAAUGAGAAGCCUGUGUGUGAUCCAGGCCCUACAGGGACCAGCACGGGUGGCCACUGCCACAAACAGCCUGGUUCUCAGACUGAGUAACAGUGGCUGGGCUUAAGGCCCCUCGUCCAGGCUGUGUGCUCUGUGACCAGUGACUAACUCACUGAGUGAGGAGACCUCAGGGUGGUAGUCAGGGACACCCCUCCCUCUCCCUGGCUCAGCCCAGAGGUGGGCUCUGGUUUUGGAAGGCUGGCUAGGUGAAGUAAGGUAGAGCUACCUGGGAAAGGACCCAGCUGUCUUCUUGCUGGUGUAGUCGCUGAGCCACCCGCAGCUGGAGGACCUUUUUCCGCCAUGUCCUCCAGGCCUGCUCCAGGUGCCAUUGUCUGAGCUACAGGGAGAGUUGACAGAAAAGACCCUUUGUCAUCCUGCCAGCCCUGGCCCUUCUACUUCCACCACCCCAGGAUGAAAGAGGUGUGACGAUAUCAAAGAAAUUUUAGCAGAUGAGGACCCUGUCCCUAAGGAUUUGGACAGAGAUCUCAAUGGCAUGCAGUUAGUUAGACAAGGGAUGGGAUGAAGAUGAGAGAAGUCGUUCCCAGGGCGUCUGCAGGGUGAAGAGGAGUUAAGCCUGCCUACCAGACUCCGUGACAGCUGCUCCACCCAGUGAGCAUCUACCCAGCGCUGCCAUGCCCGUGCCAGACACCUAGCCUGCAGGGAAGCCUGGCCGUGCCCACACUGCAGAUGCCUAUUCCUGUGGGCCGAGAACAUCAUGACCUCUUCAAGGUGAAGAGCAAGAGCCAGGGCCAUCCUGCCAGCAAGGGUAGCACAGUCAGAAGCUUGGGAGGACCACCCUCCCCAUGUACUAGCACAGCCACCUUUGAGGGGCCUCUCCUUGGCCCUGGAGAGCCCUGGUCUCAGAGCCGCAGAGCUCAACUGUAGGGGGCUGACUGAGUGCCCAUGCGGUCAGUGGCAGCCAGAACUGGAAGGUCCGGCAGAGGGGCCUCACUUUGUCACCUAGAGAGGAAAAUUGAGUCAGGAAGACGGUAAUGCCUUGGUUUGGGAGAGCUGUAGCCCAGCUCAGGUCUCCAGGCUGUGGCUGGCCCAAGGAGCUAAUGGAAGUAGAAGGGAAUUGUUCAAACAACUAGGACUCUUAAGAAAAGGAGGAAGGGGCUGGAGAAAUGACUCAGAAGUUAAGAGCACUGUCUCAAAAGUCUGAGUUCAAGUCCCAGUGACCACAAGGUGACUCGUAACCAUCUAUAGUGAGAUCUGGUGUCCUCUUCUGGUGUGCAAGCUCAUGUGCAGGCAGAACACUGUAAAUAAUAAAACUUGAGAAGAGGAGGAGGUAGACAGGGGCAGUGUUUCACAGGGCUUGGCCUGUGGGCUGAGACCCACAGACCCAGCUCCUUACUUAAAGCCCAGGAUGUGGUCCUCUGUGUGCCGCCUCCAAGCUGCCAUGCCAGGCUGGGCAGCACAUCCUCUGUGACAGGUGUCCAGCAGCCGUGGGUCUGAGGGGACAGCAGGGAAGCAAGGAUUGAGCGCAGUGGCUGCUGACUGGGAGGGAUUCCUGCCUGACCCCUGCCUGAGCAGGCUCCUACAUAUGUGUAUAAUAGGGUGCUUCACCUGUCACCCAGGAGUCCCAAGGACCCCCUCCCCCAGAGGAGGCAAGCCACCAGUACAUGGGACUACUCCCAUCUGGCGGAAGAUACCUAAGCAGAGGCUGGCCCAAUAAUAGUGCCCCAUGGUAGAGCUCAGACCAGCCCUGAGAUCCAGGUCUCCUGACUUAAGCUUUAGGGCAUUGCUGAGCCUUGCCUCUCAGAUGUGGCCUGUCUCCAAAGCCUGACUUCCCAACCAACACAGCAUACAGAGGUGACUCCCUGCCACCACCCCAUGGCUCAUGUGACCUGCACAUGCUACCUGUGAUAAAGAACAGGACCCUGAAGACCAUUCUCAGUGUCUGCUUUGUUUCUAGAAACCUCAGUUUCUCCAUCUGUGUUUGGGAGCCUUGCCUUCACUAACAAGAGCAGAAUGAAAGUAUAUGUACUUUCAUAGGGUGGUCCUGUACUCACAAUAUUUCGCUACUCAUGAGGCUAAGGCAAGAGGACCGGAGGUUGCCUUAUGAGCUUGAAGCAGCCUGAGCUAUACAAGCUGGGUCUACAAAGCCCUGAAAUAUCCACAAGCAAAGCAGCAGGAAACCCCCAUAAUGUGCUGCCGCCCUAAGCCCAUACAUGGAAUUCUGAAACCCUGCAACGCCAGUCAUCUAAAAGGCAAAGCCGCUUGGGUGGUCUCCUUAGGCUCUCUAAAGUCAGUUCCGUUCUUUCUGGAAAUCGGAAACAGGAUUCUAGUCCUUAACUCUGCCUGACCUGUCAGGGUCGUGGGGCUGGGUCUUUCAGCUAUACCUCCAGAUUGCUAGGCCAUCAGCCUCUCACUUUUUUUUUUUUUUUCAGAGAAAAGGACUUCUGGUCUGAAGGUAACAUUUUGAUACAAAAACAACAACAACAAAAAACUACUUUCUACUUUAUUUUCAUAUUUCCAAUAAAAAUAAAAUUGGCCUCCA